AUGACUUAUAUCAUUAAUAUUCCUGCACCAACUACAGGAUUUGAUCCAAACUCGACGGUUUGCAGUGUACCUUUCAUUAACGACAGUUCAUUAAUUACUUUAAGGGAUUCGACAGUAAAUGAAUCAUUAAAGGCGUCAUUAAUGAAAAUCAUUGAUUUUAACUCAUUCAUGAAUACAUAUAAUUCAUUCAUUAAUGUUUCAUAUGCUUCUAAAGAAGGUGAGCCAAAAACUAUCAAUAAAGCGGUGUAUGAAAUAAAAGCAUCAACGACGAAAUUGAAUUCGUUAACUUUUGACGGUGAUAGUUUCGUUAAUGACAUAACAUCAGGGAAAACAAUUUUAACGAAAGAAUAUUUAAAAUCUCAUGUUAGUGAGUUCGUUGAAAUUGAAAAAGAAGGUGGAAUUAAGUUCGAUCCACUGAAUUUCAUUUUCAGCUUAGCGAAUGCGGGUGUUAGUUUCGCUGAAUGGACAACUAUACAGAGUGAAAUAAAUGCAAUAUGGACGUUUUUGGGGUCAAAAGCGGGAAUGGGUGAGCUUGUAAAUGCUGCAAGAACAUUAGGUGAAACAGGAAAUUUUGUAGAUGGUUUUAAAAGACUUGUUUCAAAUGUUUUAACAAACACAAAGAAAUUAUUUAGAUAUACCAUACAUAACGGACGGAUUUUCGAACAGGUAGCAACAAACCCUCCGGUUAUGGCUGCGUUGAUGAUGGUUAGAGAUAUAAAACCACGUAACGACGGGAACGAAGAACAUGAACAACAGAGCCCAACGGGCUCAGAGCCACAUAGUGGCGAGGAUACUGGUCAGGUUAUUCGAGACAUUAAAAACGUGUAUCCUGAAGUUAUUGAUUUAUUUAGAGGAGUUAAUGAUUCAAUUUCAAAACAUUCUAUAACCCUCGAUGAAGAGAAUAAAUUAACAGAUUAUAUAUUCGUCAUUAUUGCAGAAUUAAUGAAGAGAAUAAAUGAAAAAGGAAUUGGUGAUAUCAUUAAUGUCAGCGAUGUAAUGAUGAAAAGAAAUUUUGACUCAUUAUUUACAAAACCGAAAACAGAAUAUA